AUGGUCUGUUGUGACGACUGCGACAGAUGGUUUCAUAUCGUCUGUGUGCGGUUGGAUCAUAUUCCAACUAAGGCUGAGUUUUGGGCUUGCCCAAAAUGUACGAUAAUAAAGGCGCAAAUAAAAGCGCUUGAAAGUGAGGUCGCCAAUUUAAGACGAUCAUCAGAAGAAUCGAGCAAGGGUCUCCUGAGACAGUCAGAAGAGAUGUUUCGAUGCCAAAGAGAGUUUUUUGCCGAUCUAGCAAAUAACAUGAAAGGUGCAUCAUCAUCCAAGCCAGGUGUGUCCAAGGGCGGUUCCGAAGACGCGACCGCAAAAAUGGUAAGGAUGUUUGCAAGGCAAUCUCUGAUGGAGUUGCCCUAUUUCGAUGGAUCAUUUAAAGUUUGGUCCAAAUUCGAGAACACGUUUAAGGAGACAACAAAAGAAGGCGAGUUUUCUAACUUAGAAAAUUUGACUCGUCUCCAGAAGCAUCUUAAGGGUGAUGCAUUAAAAAUUGUGGAACCUCUAUUGCUAGAUAGCAAAAAUGUUCCAAAGAUAAUGGCUACCUUAAAGGAAAACUUUGGUAACCAACAGAAAAUAUAUAAACUUUUCAGAAACGAAGUAAAGGAACUGAAGAAUCCUAGAAUGGAAGUUCCAAAAAGUGUCAUAGAGUUUGUAACGACGAUUGAUAAUCUCGUUACAAACAUAAAGAUAACGAACUCUUUAGGAUAUAUGCAAGAUCAAGCCCUGAUAGAUGAAAUCUUAGACAAAUUGCCAUUUAAUCUAAGACAAGACUGGGCUCGAAAGGAAAUUGAUCGUAAGGAUACUGCAUCAGAAGCACAUCCUUAUGAAAUUCCAACACUAGAGGAUCUUCUCCAAUGGUUGAGGCCUCAACAAAGAAUUGCACAGGAACUAACAGAGUCGAAAUUGAGAACUGAUAAACAAAUGAAACCUAAAGAUAAGGUUUAUACGCAUCAAAGUUUCGAUACUAACAAAAGAAAGGUAUCUUGUUUUGCCUGUAAUAAACAACACAAAACAACAGAAUGCCCUACGUUCUUGAAGUCAAAUGUAGAAGAAAGAAAAGCCAUACUCAUAAAGCAUAAAGCAUGCUUCAAUUGCUGCAACUAUGCCAAUCAUCGAUUGAAAACGUGCCUUUUCAAGAAAAGGUGUGAGGUAAAAGGAUGUACAGGUAAACAUCAUACACUGAUACAUCAAAAUUCAGAGAACUCAAUCCUGGUCUCUGAGAAAAAAGAGAAGGAGGCCGAAAAAGUUCAUUAUCAUGAGGAGAAGGGAAAGGUUUUGUAUCAGAUUAUACCAGUAACAUUGAAAAAUAAUGAUAAACAGGUUGACGUACUAGCGUUUUUAGACCCAGGUUCGUCAACAACAUUAAUUUUAGAGGAAGUUGCCAGACAGCUUGGAAUAAGCGGAAAACAGAAACCGUUAACGUUGUCUUGGACAAAUGGCGAAGAGCAAGUAGACAAAGGUAGCGAGGAAAUAUCAGUUCGAAUUAAGGGCUACAAGGGGAAGACGUAUCUGUUAGAAAAGGUACGAACAUUAAAGGAAAUGUCUCUGCCUACGCAAUCCAUUCGGAAGAAGCAACUGGUAAAAAGUUAUCCUUACCUCUCAGAUGUUGAAUUUAGUGAUUACGGAAACGAGAAACCAAAACUUCUGAUAGGAUUACCGCAUUCUAAUAUCAUGCGUGCUAUCGAUACUCGUUCAGGAAGAUUUAAUGAGCCGAUAGCUCAGAAAACUAAAAUUGGAUGGGUAAUAUACGGGACACAAAUGGACGAUCGAAAACAAAAUAACUUUUUAAUGAUGAUUAAUAAUGACGAGACUUCCGAAGAAAAAUCCAUGAAGGAAAUGAUGCGUAGUUAUUUCUCGACUGAAGAAUUUGGCGUUAUGGUACCGAGUAAGCCUCUCAUGUCUAAGCAAGACGAAAGAGCUUUACAAAUUAUGAAAGACACGAUUAAUUAUACAAAUGGUCAAUAUGAAAUAGGACUAUUAUGGAAAGAAGAAGAAAGAAAGAAGCUCCCAGAUAGUUAUCAAGUUGCCUUAAGCAGACUAAAGGGACAAGAGAAAAGGAUGCGUGAAAAUCCUGAGUUGCGAAGGUGGUAUAAUGAUAAAAUAUUGGAGUAUGAAUCAAAGGCAUACGUAAGAAAAUUAAACCGAGAAGAGUUAAUGCAAGAUUCAAGACGAACAUUCUACAUACCGCAUUUUUCAGUUACAAAUCCAAAUAAAAUUCCUCGAAAACCGAGGCUAGUGUUUGACGCAGCCGCAAUUAUAAAAGGACAAUCCUUGAAUUCCAAACUACUUUCAGGGCCUGACGCAACUACGUCUUUAUUAAGUAUUUUAAUUAGAUUCAGGGAAGGGAAACUUGCGGUCACUGGUGAUAUUCAGGAAAUGUUUCACCAAGUUAAAAUUAAAAAGGACGAUCAAAACUCUCAACGUUUUCUGUAUAGAUUUGCAGAAGAAGAGGAUAUGUGUGUGUACGUCAUGCAAGUAAUGACUUUUGGUGCAACGUGCUCACCGUCGUGUGCACAAUACGUUAAAAACCAAAAUGCCAUUAAAUUCCAAAUCGAUUAUCCAAAGGCGGUAACUGCGAUAAUUGAAAACCACUAUGUGGAUGAUUAUCUCGACAGUUUCGAUUCAAUAGAUGAGGCUAAGGAAACUGUGGGAAAUGUAAUAAAGAUUCACGCACACGGACAUUUUAAUAUAAGGAAUUUUGUAACAAAUUCCAAAGAUUUGAAAAACUCAUUGUCUGAAGACAAAAUUAUGCAUAAGGAAGAAAUCGUGCUAGGCGAUGACGAGCAAUCUUAUGAAAAGGUUUUAGGUGUCUAUUGGAACGUCGUCGAUGACACCAUAAGAUAUCGAGUAAAGAUGUCAGACUUACCUGAAUGGCCUACUAAGAGACAAUUACUAUCCGCCAGCAUGAGCGUUUAUGACCCAUUAGGUUUGAUAUCUAAUGUAACAAUUAAAAGCCGAAUAUUGAUCCAAGACUUAUGGAAAUUAGGGAUCGGCUGGGACGAUAAAAUCCCCGAACCAAUGUAUAUGGAAUGGAGCAAAUGGGAAAAGCGAAUUGACAGUCUAAAAGGAAUCAAAUUUCCAAGAUGUUAUUCUUAUCUCUCAGAAGGAGUAAAAAGAGAGAUACAUACGUUUGUUGACGCUUCGGAUAGAGCAUUUGCAGCGGUUGUUUAUAUGCGAACAAUAUUUGAUGACCGAGUCGACGUAACCAUAAUAGCUGCGAAGGCCAGAGUCGCGCCAACUAAACUCUUAUCAAUUCCCAGACUGGAACUACAGGCCGCGGUCUUAGGAACUAGGUUAACUGAAACCGUUUUAAAGAGUCUGCGACUUAAGGUAGAAAAGGUAAUAUAUUGGACAGACUCGACGGUAGUCUUGUCCUGGAUUCAAUCUGAUCCCAGAGAAUACAAGCAGUUUGUCGGCCUAAGAAUUAGCGAGAUUCUAGAAUGCACAUCGAUGACGCAAUGGAGAUGGGUGAACUCGAAGAAUAAUCCAGCCGAUGAAGCUACAAAAUCAACAGAAAGAGAAUCCAUAUGGAAGAAUGGUCCAACAUUUUUGAAAGAAGAUGAAAAAUUGUGGCCUCUUAGACCGAUCAAGUUGAAUACCAAGGAAGAUAUAAAAGUAGUGAACUUAGUCAAAGAAACUAAUUUCACGAAAUUUGAAUUUAUAAACAUCGAUUGGUGUUCGAACUGGAAACGUGCUAAACGAGCCGUAGGAAGAAUCCUGAUUUAUGUCGACAUAUUGAGAUCAAAAAUUAAAAAUGAAUCUUACGAACGGAUCGUUACAAAAGAAGUUUUAGAUCGAGCAGAAAAUAUUAUACUACGAAAGGCACAGUGGGAAGCGUAUCCGGAUGAAAUGAGAAAAUUACACUCGGACUUUCCGAUAGAUAAAUCAACUCCAAGGAAACCAACCAAACAGGAACUGCCGGAAGAAUGGGUACGGGGCUUCGGUGGAAAAUGUCUGAAAGCUCCUGGAAAGAAAGUAAACAACGCCAACCUCGGCGAAUAA